GGCCGACCUCUGCGGGCCUGCGUCCCCAAGGGCUUCCCCUAUUUCCAUGUGGAAUGGGAGGCCGGCCAGGGCUAUGUCCACAUCGUAGAGGACCGAGAGCAGUUUCCGAGAGAUUUUGGCCUCUCGGUCGUGGCCGGCAUGCUGGGGGUCGAUCCUCCCCGCUUCGACCGCAAGGGCCAACCCCGUGGGAAUCUCGGACUCGAGCGACAGGUUGUGGCUGGAUUUUUGAGGGAGUGGCAGCCCUUCGAUUGGACUCAAGAGUUGGAGGGAGGGAGCUACCUUGGAUA